AUGUCACUCGCUUCGCUUCCCGUGCCCAGUUUUGAGCGUCCAUUCGGCGUGUACUUGUUUGGAUACUUUGACGUGUUUGUCGCCCAGCUGACCGGUGGCCGGUUUGUUCCAAGCCAGUUCCACUUCGAGGCGGGCCAGACCUUUUUCUCCACUCCGAUCCCUGUGUUUAGCGCGAUUGCCGUGUACUACAUUGUGAUUUUGGGUGGAUCCGCCGUGAUCAAGGCCAACAAGUGGAAACCUCUUGUUCUGAACGGACUGUUCCAGAUCCACAACCUGUUCUUGACCACGUUGUCGUUGACUCUUGUUGUUUUGAUGACCGAGCAACUCAUCCCUAUGAUCCACACCCACGGCCUCUACUACGCCAUCUGUGAUCACGGUGCAUGGACCCAGCAAAUGGUCGUACUCUACUACUUGAACUACCUUACAAAGUUCACCGAGUUCAUCGACACGUUGUUCUUGGUGGUGAAACAGAAAAAACUCACCUUCCUCCACACUUACCACCACGGUGCCACCGCUUUGCUGUGCUACACACAGCUUAUCGGUCUGACCUCCAUCUCGUGGGUUCCCAUCACCUUGAACCUGUUUGUUCACGUGGUCAUGUACUGGUACUACUUCCUGGCAGCCAGAGGAAUCCGCGUCUGGUGGAAAGAAUGGGUCACCAGAUUCCAGAUUCUGCAAUUCAUCCUUGAUCUCUCGUUUAUUUAUUUCGCCACCUACCAGAAAGUCGUCCACAACUUCUAUCCUUCCCUGCCCCACUGUGGAGACUGCGCAGGAACACCACUGGCAACUUUCAGCGGAUGUGCAAUUAUCUCGUCCUACCUGGUUCUGUUCAUUGCUUUCUACAUCGAGGUCUACAAGAAGAGCUCCAAGAAGUCCAAGGUUGUCCAAAGAGUUAGAGGUGGUGUUGCUGCCAAGGUCAACGAAUACGUUUACUUGGACAGAAAAACUCUCCAGUCCAACUACGACUCCAACACAGGUUCCCCAUUGGCUGUUCCUAGACAACGGAACCUCAGAUCGUCCAAGAAGAAGAUCUAA